GGAGUCACAAAAGAAGAAGAAGAGGAAGAAGAACCCGGAAGUUCGGCGCCACGUCAUCGUUGAUACCUGCCCGUCGGGUUCUUGCGGGCGGUCUGUUCCAGUUCGGGUUCCGGAUGUAGUCUGGACCUGGUUCUGGACUUUCCGCCGGGCUGCCGUGUUUCCAAGAUGGAGGAGGCGGAGAUUUAUGACGUCAGAGACGACAGUCCGCGUAGAACCCUGAGGAACCCGGAUCUGAGCUCGUGGACCGGCUCGGUCGGGGAGGUUCUGGCCCAGUUCGGGUGGGCGCUCCUGUUGCUAUGCUCCGCCCUGUACCUGCUGGUCCAGUUCCUGAAGAAGAGGAGGCGGGAGGGGGGCUCAGAGGAGCCUGUUCCUGAGACAGAAGGAAGAGCGGAAGCUCUGGAAGCAGCCAGGAGGAGAAUGCAGGAGGAGCUGGACUGCAGAGCAGCUUUGUACAAGGAGAAGAUGAGACAGCAAGAAGAACAGAAGAGGAGGCAAAGGAUUGAAACAUGGGAGAGCAUACGGAGUGGGAGGAGCUACAGAGAAACGACAAGCUCUCAGGCCAGUGAAGAUGCUGACUCAUCAUCCGCCCCCAAACCCAAGAAGGAUAAGAAGCCGCUGCGCAGUGCAGACUACAGUCCUCUGAGCGGCCAGGCCGGGGGCUCCUGCUCCUGGAGGCCUGGCAGGAGGGGCCCGUCUUCAGGAGGAUGAGGUUAGAGUUGGAGGCUGAGGUCUGCGUGACCUCCGGCCUCCUUCGUGCAUGCCGACCACCCGGACCGAGCUGGAGACGGACACUGAGCUGAGGAACGAUGCUGCGGGGGUCCAUGCCACCCCCACGCCGGAUCCAGAUGGAAUCUGUGAAGAAGGGCAUUCAGCUCCUGUUCUGUCUUGAGGCUUUUGAUGAAGACUCUUCUGCCAAAGGUCCCGGACCAGCAGGAGGGUCUGAAGGUCCGGGUUCAGGUGCCCCCGCCCCUUAUGUUUGUGUUUCUCUUGUUACAAUAAAAAGCAACCGAACCCAAAA